AUGGCCGAAAACUACUUGUUCACCUUUCAUCCCACAUUCACGCAGGGCUUAGUGCUGGGCCAACUUUCGAUUCUGGUUCUCCUGGUCUUUGUGUUGAAAUACCUCUUCCUGGAUACUUCCCAAAACCCUUUCGACGGCUCUUCCUCCUAUCGACCUCGCUCAGAGCGGGACAAGCCCAAAGUCUCGCCAGCGGAUUACUCCAGUCAGGACGCAGAGCCUGAAUCAACAGAGUGGUUCAACGCAGCAUUGCUACAUGUAGCCCAUGCAUACCGGUCCAAGCUACGAGAUGACAUGUCUGGUGCGAAGGGAGACUCUCUGAUGCGGCAACGCAUAGAAGACUUCAUCAAUAGGGUCAGGCCCAAAGAUAUGCUGGAUCCUGUACAAGUACACGCUGUAGACUUGGGUAUAUCUGCCCCAAGACUAUCGAACGCACGCUUCAAACAUGUUCACGAUGCCAAGGAUAGUACUGAAUUCGACCUCACAUAUAUCGACACGGUGUCUGUCUCCAUAUCCACUGCUUACCUGUUCAACUACCCUAUGUUUGCUUUUGCGCGUCUACCAGUAUCUCUCACGAUCUCGCUUUCGUUAUUCGCAUGCUCUGUUAUCAUAUCACCACCCAUCCCUAAUUCACCCGCUCCAGCCCUUACAAUCACUGUUCCACCCACCUUCACGCUGGAUCUCAAGACUACAUCUCUACUUGGCAGCCGUGCUAAACUCGCUGACGUCCCGAAGCUGCACGAGCUCAUCGUUGACCAAAUUAAACGGCAAAUAGUGCAGCGAGGGUCUAUUAAGAUACCUUUACCUGGGCUUGCCAGCGUGGCGGAAGUCAAGGAAGAAGUGAGACGCGAAAUGUUAGAGCACGAACGAGAGACUCGGUGA